CCGAUAAAACACAUCACGUUUCGUGAAACGAAAGAAACUGUCCUCCCAACAAUCAUUGUGUUGGUUUGUCAAGGCUGUGUAAAUGGAAAUGCCAUGGAGAACCAAACCAUCACAUUGUUGUGUAAUGUUACUGGUAAACCCAUACCAAACAUCAGAUGGAUGAAGAAUGGAGUACAUUACAAUGGAAGUAGUUCAGUAUCAAGUCCAAUGAACAAGCUUGUCUUCCAACAUGUAGCAAUAAAUGACAAAGGAAACUAUACCUGUAUUGCUGACAACGGAAUUGGUAAUCCAGACAGAAAGUCAUUGACUUUACUUGUUAAAUAUAAACCUACGAAUACUUUGCUCUCUCCAACCAAGUUGGAUGUAUGUGAGAAUACAAACAUUACACUCAGUUGCACGGCUGAUGCAUAUCCAUCAGUCCAGAACUACUCGCUGUACAAUGGAAAUACUUACAUUGGAUCAAACAGUAAUGGACAGUUUACUACAACAGCAGGAUCACUUGCAUGGAAUAAGUUUUGUUGUAUUGCUUCGAAUGUAAUAGGAAGUGGUCAAUGUGCCUUUUCUGAUGCAUACGUACUGGGAGACAUAACCACACUGUGUAAAAUCAAUGACGAGAAUACAUCAGUAGCAGCCGUAAAGGAAGGAGAUAAAGUAGUUCUGCAGUGUGACGUAUCUGGGAAUGAAUCAUACUACAUCUAUCAGUGGAUCAAAGUAAAGGACAGUCUGUCUGUCAGGAAUGAUACACGACAAUUAACAUUUGGUUCAAUAAACCGCAUGGAUGAGGGUUAUUACCAGGUGACCUUGCGAGAUAAACUAAACUGCUCAUCACAAACAAAGUCUUUUAACAUCACUGUCAACUAUAAACCUGAGAAUACAGGUAUAAAAAUUACACCUGACAAGAAGGACUUCGGUAAAGGAGAGUCGAUAAACAUCAGCUGCACCUCAGACGCUAAACCUGCCCCAGUCUACUCCUUGUAUCGUAAUAACGUGUUUAACGGUAGUAAUGGAAACGGAUUGUUUUUUGUUAACCUUGCUGAGAAUGGAAACUACACUUUCACUUGUGUAUCAAACAAUGCAGUUGGUGUUGGACCAAAUAAGAACAAAAGUGUUUCAGUAAGAGAUAAACCUGAGAACACAGUUAUCAAGAUUACACCUGACAAGAAGGACUUCUGUAAAGGAGAGUCGGUAAACAUCAGCUGCACAUCAGACGCUAAACCUGCCCCAGUCUACUCCUUGUAUCGUAAUAACGUGUUUAAUGGUAGUAAUGGAGACGGUGUCUUUGUUGUUAAACUUGCUGAGAAUGGAAACUACACUUUCACUUGUGUAUCAAGCAAUACAGUUGGUGUUGGACCAAAUAAGAGCAAAAGUGUUACAGUAAGAGGUCCUUUGAUCGUAACGUGCAAGGUUGGCAACGAGAUUAUUACACAUAAAACAGUCGUUGAGGGAUCUGAAAUAGUUCUGCGCCUCAUGAGUUCUGACGUGGAGCGCUUGGGUUUUACUUGGAAGAAAAAUACAGUCGAUGUUGUAGGAGAAGUAGGGCACAGUUUGACGAUUCAACCGAUUACGCGUUACCAAGGAGGAAUGUACCAAGURGUUGCACGUGAUAGGUUCAACUGCUCUGYUGAUAUGRSGUGYRAUUUUACCUURAAUGUSCAGUUGAGGACCACAGCACCAGAAAUAACGAAUCCUUACAAACAAGAAUUAGCAGUUGUCGAAGACCAGGACGUUAGCUUUGUUUGCAAUGCCAGUGGAUACCCAGUACCUAAUAUCACCUGGACGAAGGAUGGCAUUGUCAUUGGUGUUGGACGAAUAUUCAAUAUAACACGAGUAAAAAGGAACGAUUCAUCGUGUUACACGUGUACAGCAGAUAAUGGUAUUGGACACGCUAAGAAUACCAGCAUAUGUUUAGAUGUGCAAUAUCCACCUUCCAGCAUUACUAUUCUACCAUCGAGAAGGCAAAUGAUUCUAAAAGAGGGUGCUAGCCUUUCCCUAUAUUGCCAAAGUGACAGCAAUCCAUCCGCGACUUACAUGUGGAAGCAUAAUGAGGAGACUUUAACUGAUGGGCAAAAUGGCAUACUAAUAUUUAACAACAUCAAGCGAAAACAGAACGGAACAUACCUGUGUAAAGCAAACAAUUAUCUUGGCUUUCUCCUUUCAGUCCCGAUCGAAAUCGUCGUACAAUACUUAGAUCCUCUGGAAGUGAUUGGAUCAAGUAACAAGAGCUACAGUCAGUCCAAUCCACUGGUAUUGUUCAACCUUAGUAUCAACGCAUAUCCCAGUAACACAUCCCUGUCUUGCAAUCCUUCUGCACCGAAUAUAUUGACUACCAUCACCAGCCAUGAUGCAGAAUUAACUAGAAAACAGUAUUUAGUAUUCGUUGUCAUCCAGAAUGAAGUGGAUUUUGCUAGAAUUGUGUGUAAAGCUGAAAAUGGUCUCGGUGUACGAGAUAGGACAUUGCAUUUUUACAGAAGACCAAUACUUUUCAAGGAAACGUUUACCGGCCAGUUUAGAAUAACAAACCAAGAAUGGCAGGAUGGCCUUCGGGAUGUAAAGUCAGCAGGCUACGAUGAUCUUAAACAGAAGUGCAUCAAAACAUUAGAAGCUGCAUACUCAGGUGUACCAUAUUUGGCUGCCGUAAACAUUAAGGAUUUCAUCAAGGGAAGCAUCAUAGUGCGGUUUGAGCUAGAAGUCAUUGGUAAAGUACCUGAUCCACUGCUGCCUUUGAGAAAUUAUACCAAAAGACAAGGAGAAGUAAUCAAUGGUCUACAGAUAGACAGCAUUCAGAAAUCAAGUGACUUCAAAGAAAAUACGCCGAUUCCAUGUAAAGAGGAGAACAAGACACUAGUGGCAGUUCUUGGAGUACUGCUUGGUCUGUCGAUUGUCCUGAUCAUCAUACUUAUAGUGGGGUUCCUGUGGUUACGUAGAAAAGGUAUGAUACGUUAUUUUGGGCGUAAACGCAUGGAACAUGAAUAUAACGAAACACCAAACGUGCCAGAAUAUGAACCAAUAGGAAGGCGAGGAUUAUCAACAAGUAAUGUUGGUAUCCCAGAAUAUGAACCAAUAGGAAAGCGAGGAUUAACGACGAGUAAUGUUGGUAUCCCAGAAUAUGAACCAAUAGGAAAUCGAGGAUUAUCGACGAGUAAUGUUGGUAUCCCAGAAUAUGAGGCGGUGACAACAAGAACACGACCACGUCAACCACAUUCUGGUGUACAGACGAAUAACUCCAUGCCUCAGUAUGAAAGUACAGAUCAGCAUGGACAAACAGAGGCUGUUUCAAAACCACCCCCAGUCACCUAUCAAACCAUCCAACCUCGUACUGGUAACUACGAUUCAUUGAGUUCUUUCACACGGCUGCACCCUCAGGGUACAGUACUGCCAUCUAAAGAAAGCCCAACACGUACAGGAGAAUACCAGGCUCUUCAACACAAGGGUGUGUCUCCACAGUACCAGUCUCUGGAAGACUUGAGCAAAUGCUAA